AUGGCAGACUCUGAUACGGUGAAAGCACUUCUCUACGCUUGCUUGGCUUUCGUUGGCUUUCUAAUAACCGUCACAAUAUUUUUCAUUUACACAUUGGUAUUUCGUGUCAAGCGACAAUUCGUUUACCACAUCAGUGUUUCUGAUAGUACUACACAUCCGUAUAGUACUAGGGAACAAAGAGGAACGGAGAGCUCAGCCACCACAGGACUUCCUGAAACCAUAGAAAACCAAGGAAACGCAGAUGAUGAUAGAGAUACAGACAGUUUAACCCGGAACCUAUCGUUCAGGAAUUUCGAAAGACCAGUGCAGCCAAUUAACACUGCGCACCAAGAAAGCAUUGAAAACCAGGUCACUUCCAAGUAUCCAGAAACCAUAGAACACCCACAGAUCACCUUGAACGAAGGACGCACAGAUGAUGGUAAAGAUACGGAUAGUUUAACCCGGAACAUAUCGCUCAGGAAUGUCGAAAGACCAGAGCAGUCAGUUGACACUGCCUACCAAGAAAACGUCGAAGCAACCAUCGAGAACCAGGUUAUGAUCAUGCACUCGGAAGCCAUAGAACACCCUGUACAGACUACCGAGAACAUAGGUACCAUGGAUGAUGAUAAAGAUUCGGACAUUUUAUCCCGAGGACGACUGUCGUUCACCACCUUCGAAAGACUCAUUGAAUAUGCAGGUACUGAAGUCUCGGAAACCACAGACCAUCCAGAAACCACAGGAUAUCUGGGGAUCCAAGGAAACGCAGGUACUUCAGGUACCACCACGUAUAUGGACAGUCUCACCCAUGCGGGACAACCAGCUACAGAAGAUCACUCCGGAAACCUGGAAACCAUCACUGAAAAUUACGCAGGAAUUCCAAAUGCCGAUGACUACACUAACCCUACCGAUUAUACUAGAGAUGACUCCAAAAAUACGUACAGUCUAACCCCGGGAAUAUUGAUCAACAACCAUCAACGAGCUACGACAGGGCAUCCACCAACCUCGGGAAAGCUAAACACCAAUGCAAACGCCGAAAUUACAGAAAAUGAAGAUAGCAAUAAUAACAACGAUAAUAUUUCUGCGAUUUCGUCCAGCAACACAGAGAAACAAGUCAGUUUCUCCGGGAAUGAUUCGACCUACAUUGUCCAAAGAAAAGAAAAGACCGUACAGCUGAUACAAUAUGAUGAAACAUCAAAUUUUGAAUUUGUUAAAUUUGCUAGGCAGCAUCAAAAGAAAACAUAG